ACAAUGGCAAAGAAGGUUGCCGUGAUUGGAGCAGGUGUCAGUGGCCUGAUCUCUCUGAAGUGCUGUGUGGAUGAGGGUCUGGAGCCUACUUGCUUUGAAAGGACUGAAGACAUCGGAGGACUGUGGAGAUUCAAGGAAAAUGUGGAAGAUGGCCGAGCAAGCAUCUAUCACUCCGUCAUCACCAACACCAGCAAAGAAAUGUCCUGCUUCAGUGACUUCCCGAUGCCCGAGGAUUUCCCCAACUUCCUGCACAAUUCUAAACUCCUGGAAUAUUUCAGGAUCUUUGCCAAGAAGUUUGAUCUUCUAAAAUAUAUUCAGCCUUCUCUAUGUUUGUUCAAGACAACCGUCGUUAGUGUGAAAAAACACCCAGAUUUUGCAUCUUCUGGGCAAUGGGAAGUUUCUACUCAGAGCAAUGGCAAGGAGCAACAUGCUGUCUUUGACGCAGUUAUGGUUUGCAGUGGCCAUCACAUCCAACCUCACCUGCCACUGAAGUCAUUUCCAGGUAUCGAGCGGUUCAAAGGCCAGUAUUUCCAUAGCCGUCAAUACAAACACCCAGCUGGGUUUGAGGGGAAACGCAUCCUGGUUGUUGGAAUAGGCAACUCAGCCGUAGACAUUGCCUCUGAACUGAGUAAGAAGGCCUCGCAGGUGUUUAUCAGCACCAGACAUGGUGCCUGGGUCAUGAGCCGAAUCUCUGAAGAUGGCUACCCUUGGGACAUGGUGUUCCACACUAGAUUUAGCACUAUGCUCCGAAAUGUCCUGCCACGCACAGUCGUCAAGUGGAUGAUGGAACAGCAAAUGAAUCGAUGGUUCAACCAUGAAAAUUAUGGUCUGGUGCCUCAAAACAAAUACCUUAUGAAAGAACCUGUGCUAAACGACGAUCUCCCCAGCCGUGUGCUGUAUGGAGCCAUCAAGGUGAAAACAAGAGUCAAAGAGCUCACGGAGACUGCUGCGGUUUUUGACGAUGGCACGGUGGAGGAGGACAUUGAUGUCAUUGUCUUUGCCACAGGCUACACUUUCUCCUUUCCUUUCCUUGAAGAUUCGCUUGUGAAAGUGGAGGAUAAUAGGGUCUCGCUGUACAAAUCCAUGUUCCCGCCUCACCUGGAGAAGCCAACUCUUGCAUGCUUGGGUCUCAUCCAGCCUCUGGGAUCCAUCUUCCCAACUGUGGAGCUUCAGGCGCGUUGGGCAACACGGGUUUUCAAAGGUGAGUGGGCUGCUCCACCAAGCAGCGUCUCCUACAUUCUUUCCUUCAUUUUAAAAACUAAGCACAGAGGUCCUGCCUGGUUUGGAAAAAGCCAGAGCCAGAUACUACAGACCAAUUACAUUGACUACCUGGAUGAACUCGCCUUGGAGAUAGGUGUGAAGCCAGACCUCAUCUCUCUCUUUUUCAAAGACCCUAAACUGGCUGUGAAACUCUACUUUGGGCCCUGCAAUUCCUACCAGUACCGCCUGGUUGGGCCUGGGCAGUGGGAAGGGGCCAGGAAUGCCAUCCUCACCCAGAAGCAGAGGAUCCUGAAGCCCUUAAAGACCCGCAGUCUGAAGCCUUCAUCCAACAAUCCAGCAUCCUUCCUGCUCAAAAUCCUGGGGCUUUUGGCAAUUGUUCUGGCCUUCUUUUUCCAACUUCAGUGGUUCUAAUCUGUCAGAAUGACACUUUGUCCACCAGUGCCUCUCAUUCAUCAGUGUCUCUUUGAAAAAACAAGACUAAAGAAAUUAUAUCUAUAUAAUAAUUUUUACCGUUAAGGGGAACAAGUAAGAUAACUAUAGGGAGAUUAGAAAAAUUAAGUCUAGAUAUAAAACUAAAACUAAGGUCAUGAAAUAUCUUUAUCAUGCUACUCUUUCCUGAAAUUCAUCAGUCUCCAAACAAUAUUAUACAAUAACACGAACAUAGGUAGAUAGUGCUUCCAGACACAGCAGAUUUUGAGUUAUAUGAAAAACAAAUUAUGCAGAAUAAAAACCAAGUCAUAGCUGGGCAUGUUGGCUCAUGCCUUUAAACCCAGCACUUGGGAGGCAAAGGCAGGCAGAUCUCAGUGAGUUUGAAGCAAGCAUGGUCUAUAUAACAAGUUCCAGGACGGCCAAGGCUACAUAGAGAGACCCUGUCUCAAAAAAAAAAAAAAAAAAAAAAAAAAAAAGUCACAUAGGUUAGAUUACUGAACAAUUUAAAGUGUGGUAGAUAUUUCAAAUCCCAUACACUCCACGCAUACUCUGGUCACAGUUCCCAGGUAUUAGGGUCUUUUAUCUUGAUGAGGUCACUCAGAAAUACUGGUGGCCAAAAAUGAGAUGAUAAACCAAAAGCAACUACUUUAAGUAACUCACAUUGCAAGCUAAGCAAAUAGACACAGUUCCUGUGUAUUGACAGAAACAAUGAUGCAAAAAUGAAAAUAAUAUACCCUAGCUACAACAUAUAGAUAGAUAUUGGAUCUCACAGGUUAGACAUUGUAGGAGUAGAGCUAUGAUACCCAUUCUAUAGAUGACACUGAGGGACAGACAGUUAUGGAGUAUGCCCUUAGCCACUGGUUCUUGAGAUGAAGCUUCUAUUGGAGCCCAGUUUGUUGAGCUCUGGAACUAAAGGUUGUAACCUCACAUGCAAUAUGCUUAUUUAUUAAAACUUCCACUCUUGAUAAAGUACUUACUAAUAGAUUAUUUUAUUCAUUGUAAAACUAGAACAUAGUUCUAUUCAUUGUAGAAAAUGGCACUUUGCUUGCAAACACAAUCUGACUAAUGUCAUUUACAAUAUUAGGUCUACAUUUCGGCUGGAUAUUAAAAAACACAUGAUCUGG